GCUGGUUGCUGUUUGAGACGCGCGCGGAGCGCACGUCGCUAGGGCCUGCUGGUCCCGGGCGAGUCUGUACGCACGUUGCUCCGGACAGAAACCCGGGACGGCCUGGGCAGCCGGGGGUCCAGAGCUCCGUGAUUCCAGGCCCCGGAUAGACCGGAACCACGGAUGCACCGCGCGCCGCGGGUGCCCGAGUACCCGCGCACAAAAGUCCAGACCUGGUAGGGGGAGCACUGAGUGUUGCAGCCAGCCGACGGACGUCCGGGAGCCACGAUGCUCAGCUUUAUCGCUGUAACUUACACAUGUGACGUCACCUUUUGAAGCCUCAGUUUUGUCAUCUGCAGAAUGGACAUAAAGCUACUUCACAGGUCCAAUGGGAGGAUUAAAUGAGACAAUGUUUCGAAAGCUCUUUGCACGAGGGAGCCCUGGAGGCAGGGCCUGGUGGGCGGAGCAUGCCUGCGGUCACCCGAGACCAUGGGCAGCAUGAAGACCCCGGUGGCGCUGGCCGUCAGUGGGAUGCAGACCCUUCACCGUCAGCGCCACUGCCGGGGCGGCUCUCAGGCCAGGGCCAGGGCCUCGUACGUGGAUGAGACUCUGUUUGGCAGCGCUUCAGGCACCCGGCCCACACCGCCAGACUUUGACCCACCCUGGGUGGAGAAGGCCGACAGAACCAAAGGAGUGGGCGCAGAGGCUUCACGGGCUCCGGGGAGCUGUGAGACCACCUCCUCCAGGGGCUGCACCCCGACCCUCACACACAGGAAGAAGAACAAAUACAGACUGAUCAGCCACACUCCGUCUUACUGUGAUGAGUCCCUGUUUGGCUCCCGACCCGAGGGCGCCAGCUUGGGGGCCCCAUGGACGGCAAAAGGAGAGGCUGCGAAACUCCAUUCCCUCUUCUGGACACCCCCGGCUACCCCAAGGGGCCACUCACCCCAGCCCAGGGAGACCCCCCUGCGCGCCAUUCACCCAGCCGGUCCCUCAGAGACAGAGCCCAGGGUGGGGGCAGACUCCCGGCAGCUGUCCGUGGGUGCGUUAGACUCUCCACGCCCAGGGAGCCGGGAGCCGUCCCAUUCCCUCACCCGCCUGCAUGUCCCCACCACUGGCCGUCCGCCCACCAGCGGCCCCCACGCAAACAGAGCUCGGGACCCCAGGCCUUCCCCAUUGGGGGUGACCUUCCGGAGCCCCCCGGUGACUCCCAGGGCUCGUUCAGGCAGUGUUUCGGUGCCCGCUACCCCCCAACGAGGUGGGGCCCCCCAGAAACCAAAGCCCCCUUGGAAAUGAGUUUCUUAGUCCUGUCGUCAGGUUUGCCCGAGAGGUCACGGCCAGGGCCCCAGUUUCGGAGGGCGGCACAGGUGGGGUGAUUCUCAGGGGCACUCCAGGCUUUGAAGUGCCCAUGGA